GGGCGGCGCGCGGCGGCGGCGGCGGGGCGUGGGUGCGGGGCGCCAUGGCGGCGGAGCGAAAGAGCAAACUGUCGAAGAACCUCCUGCGCAUGAAGUUUAUGCAAAGGGGACUGGACUCAGAAACCAAAAAACAGCUUGAAGAGGAAGAGAAGAAGAUCAUCAGUGAGGAGCACUGGUAUUUGGAUUUACCAGAAUUGAAGGAGAAAGAGAGUUUCAUAAUAGAGGAGCAGAGUUUUAAGGUGUUUGAAGAUCUUCUCUAUGGAAGGAUGUCAUUUAACGGAUUUAAUCCAGAAGUGGAGAAGUUAAUGACCCUAAUGAAUCCGAAGAAAAAGGAGGAAAAAAUUCAGGAUGUAGAAAUGGAGGUUGAUGUGUCAGAUGAAGAAAUGACCAGAAGGUACGAAACAUUAGUAGGAACGAUUGGGAAAAAAUUUGCCAAAAAGAGAGACCGUGGAAAACUUGAUGAUAACGGAAACCUGGGGCCAUCUAAAGCCAAGAAGACGUUUUUAAAACCCCAAGAUUAAAAUAAAAGGAACUCACUGAAGUUGCGAGCGGUUUAGAGGCCCGUUUUGGAACCGUUGUUAAUUUGAUCGUGUUAUGUGAUUAUUGGUCAUGUAAGUUUGUAAUAUGAAAAUAUGCUGUUCCUGAAGCAGGUGUAUGCUGGAUGUUAUACAUCCUCUACUGAGCAGAUUUUAGCUGUGGUUUGGCCUUCUUGGCCUCUAGCUAUUAAGAGGGUACGGUCGCUGCCUAAGCCUUUGAGGAGAGUUGGCAAAGGGAAGUGAUUUGAGCUUGAAAAAAAGAGUGGGAGCUAACUUUUUUUUUGGCUUCAUUCAGUCAGUCCUGUUGAGCGCUUGCUGUGUGCAAAGCACUGGACUAAGCUCUUGGGAGAGGACAGAACCACGGACAGUCCCUGCCCAUAAUGAGCUCGCAGUCCAGAGGGUGAGACGUGUUCAUCCUCUGUAUCAUCACAGCAAGGAUGGUAACUCCAAGUACCAUCCUUCCUGGUCUCCUGAGGUCUAGUGAGAGAUAGUUUGGGAGACCUUGGGUGGGGAUGGUCUCUGCUCACCUACCUGCCUCCACCCCUAUGUUCCCAUGACAACUCUCCUGGCAUCAUAACUGAUAAUGCCCCUGCCAUUGGUCUGAAUUUUUAAGGCUAGAACAGUUUAGGAAACUAACUGUAGACUUUUCGUCUUCCUUCCAAAUUAACCCAGAUGACUCGGUCGUCAAUUUGUGUUGUCAUUUUUAAUCAAGAAUUUAGAGAUUUUAAUAAUGACCUGUGCCAUUUUGACAGGUUCACGACCUCCACCCUUCCCUAUAACCUCCUCGUCCCCACCGCCCCUGUGAUCCCUGUACCCCACUCUGUACCCUGCGAUGCUACUGGGGUUCAGAGUCUCCCCCAGUGUGGGACUUCCAGCGUAGCUGGGGGAGAGAUCUUUGGAUCUCCACCCUUCCCUGUCCCUCUAGUGAAACCUCACUCUCCAUCUUGGUUCCCACUGCAUCAGUCAGUGUGGCCUGCCCCCCACAGCCCCUCAACUUCAACUGUUCCCUGGGCCUUUGGGAGGGGAUGGAGACUGUGCCCUUCCUCCUCUAUGUGGAGUUAGUCUUCUCGCACGGGGGCCAGAGACCCCCGGAUCCUGGUCCAACCCAGAGGGUUUAAUCCUGAGGAAGUGGACCUGUCACAGGAAAGAGGCACGUCCAGAUUCUCAUCCACCACCCGAACAUACCCGCUCCUAGGCAGAUGCCCGGGUAGGUAGGAAGAGGUUCAACAGAAGAGUGAUUCGGGGACUUUCUGAACAAAUGGAAUUGUCUUGGCCCUGUGUCCCAUAUCUGCCUAAUAGAUUCCUUACAGGCACCUUUAGACCCCAGUUAACCUGUGAAUGUCGUUAGUCGCAAACCGUUACCAUUUUUCACAAGGGUUUGGGUUUGAUACUGCUCGGGAAUUAAGUGUUUCAAUGGGAAAUUUUUGCCCUGCUAUCGUAUGAUUGCCCCGGUGUCCUUUUAUAAUUCUUUCAGUGCAAAAGGCAUGCCGUAACUAAAUAAAAACUGUGUCCUUCAA